GCUGCUCCGGUUUGGAGUUGCUAUCUUCGGCUCCAGGGUAACACCUGGACUUUGGCCUUCGGAGAGAAGCGCGUCCGCACGGUCUCUGGCUGCAGAUUCUUGGUCCCUGUUGGUGGGCGCCUGGCGUAGCUGUAGGUGACUGCACCCCCACCCAGCAUGGCGGCCCCGCUAUCCCUGCCACCGGACCCUCAGUUUGUCCUCCGAGGAGGUCUGUCGGCGGUGCAUGCGCUGCAUUUCUGUGAAGGAGCCCAGGGACAGGGACCGCCGCUUCUGCUCUCAGGGUCCCUGAGCGGGCUGGUGUACAUCUGGAGCCUGCAGACGCGGAGGACGGUCGCUACCCUGGAUGGGCAUGGGGGUCAUUGUGUGAUCUGGCUGCAGACACUGCCCCAGGGGCCCCAGCUCCUCAGUCAGGGCCGGGACCUGAGGCUGUGCCUGUGGGACCUGGCGGAGGGCAGAAACGCCGUCGUGGACUCGCUGGGCCUGGAGAGCGUGGGCUUCUGCAAGGGCUCCAUCCUGGCCAGCAGCCCGCAGCACUGGAUGCUGGCUGUGCCCGGGAAAGGCGACGAUGAGAUUCAGAUUCUGGAGAUGCCAUCCAAGACGUCAGUGUGCACCCUGAAGCCAGAGGCAGAUGCCAAGCCAGGCAUGCCCAUGUGCCUGAAGCUGUGGCAGGCUGGCUCCGGCUCCCGCCCGCUCCUGCUGGCUGGCUAUGAGGAUGGAUCGGUGGCCCUGUGGGAUGUCUCCGAGCGGAAGGUGUGCAGCCGCGUCGCCUGCCACACAGAGCCCGUCAUGGGCCUUGACUUUGACUCCCAGAAGGCCAGGGGCGUCUCAGGCUCCGCAGAGAAGGCGCUGGCUGUCUGGAGGCUGGACGAGCAGCAGGCCCUGCAGGUGUGCCGAACUCACGAACUCACCAAUCCCGGGGUCUCUGACGUCAAGAUCCGGCCUGACCGGAAGAUCCUGGCCACUGCGGGCUGGGACCAUUGUGUUCGCGUGUUUCACUGGCGGACGAUGAAGCCACUGGCUGUGCUGACCUUCCACGCCUCUGCUGUCCACUGCUUGGCCUUCGCUGCAGAUGGCUUGCUGGCAGCGGGGUCCAAAGAUCAUCACAUCAGCGUCUGGUCACUCUACCCACGCUCGUGACUUGGCCACUCCCUGUCCCAGCCACACAGAGGGCAGGGAGGUGGUGCCCACACCUUGCCCUGACCCAGGCAUGCGGAGCCCAGGCCUCAGGACCCCUGAGGACAUCAAGUCACUGGUUACGAGAAGGGCUUGGUCUGUGGAGUCCUUGCUUUUUGCAUGAGACCUGUUUCCUUUUGUGAAAUUCAUCAUCUAUAUAGCAGUGACUCUGUGGUUUACAAAAAAGAACUGGGCCAGACACCUGGGCACAUGUGACCUGGGUUAGAGGCCAACCUGGAGCAAGGGGGUGUUUUACAGUAAACUUGA